AUGGCCUCCGGCACAACUAUCAAGAUGAUGAGGGAGGAAGCCACCUGUUCCAUCUGCCUGGAGCUAAUGACUGAACCAGUAAGCGUUGACUGCGGGCACACCUUCUGCUGUAUCUGCAUAAUACAGAUUCAUGAGAACAAGAAGAAAGACUCUUCAUCACUGGAGAACUUCCACUGCCCUGUAUGUAAAGCAGAGUUUCAAGAGGAGAGCAUCCAGCCCUUAAAGCAGCUAGCUAACCUCAUUGACACCAUCAAGAAGGUGGAGCAGGAACAUUUGUGUGAGGAACAUGGUGAAAAGCUCUGUGUGUUCUGUGAGAAUGAUGGACAGCUCAUCUGCUGGCGCUGUGAGAAGACACCACAGCAUGAAGGGCAUGUCACAGUCCUUAUUGAAGAGGAAACAGUGACAAAACUGAGGAAAGUGGAUGAUGAAUAUAAGACAUUGAAGCUGUAUAUGGAAGAGCAAAUAAUAAAAUGGAAGAAUCUCCACACAUUUCUGAAAGAGGAAGAGAAGUCUUACCUAUGGAGACUGGAGAAAGAACAGGAAAACGUUUUGACAAUGCUGAAGAACAGAGAAGUCACUCUAGAAAAGGAGAGUCGGGAGCUAAAGAAACAUGUCCUGGAUCUGAAGAGGAAUGAUGAGGGCUUGGCACCUUCUUUGCUGAAGGAUGGGACAGGCACCAUGGACAUGAAAUCUGUCAUAUUUUCAACCAUACCAAAAGCUUACUAUAAGAAUAUUGAAACUGUGUGCAAUGUUUCUGAGCUCUACUUUGAUACGAAGAAGAUUUUAGAGAGAUAUCAAGCUAUCAUUAGUCUGGAUCCAGAUACAGCACACACUGUCCUACAUCUGUCUGAGAAUGGAAAACAAGCGACUUGUGGAUCUCCUCAGAGGAAACCUGAUACUUCUGAGAGGUUUACAGUCUCACCCUGUGUCCUGGGAUGCCAGACAUUUACUUCAGGAAGACAUUACUUUGAAGUAUCUAUACCAAAAGGACCUGAGUGGGAUGUAGGAGUUUGUCUGGAGAAUGUUCCAAGAGACAAUGACAUGACACGGGAGCCUGAAUCUGGAUUCUGGGCCAUCAGAUUGUACAAACAGAAUAACUAUGUAGCCCUUACCUCGCCCCCAACUCCCCUUCAUCUGAGGGAGGUGGCUUGGUUUGUGGGGGUUUUCCUAGACUAUAAAGCUGGCCUUGUAUCAUUUUACAACAUGUAUAAUGGCUCUCACAUCUUCACCUUCCCAAAGGCCUCUUUUUCUGAGCCUCUCAGGCCCUAUUUUCGUAUUGGAAAAGGUUCUCAUUUAUGUUUGCCUUCACUUUAG